GGCAGUCCACCUCGGCAUGCUACUGUGUAACCAUUUAGCUUCAUGCAAUAUUCCAGCUAUACCUCUCAUUGAAUUUGCUCAUCUUCUGUCUCACAAUGGCUUUCUGUCUGCGAUCACCUUUGUGCCUUGUCAUCGUUUUUCUUUUCUUACAAACACUGGCCGGUAAGGCUGCAACGUGUAAUGACUGCUUUGUUCAAUCUCGAGCAGCUUAUUAUCCAAAUUCUGAAACACAAGGAACAGAAAUCGGUGCUUGCGGGUUCGGCACAUUCGGAGCAACAAUCAAUGGUGGGGAUGUUUCAGCAGCCUCUGACCUCUUUCGCAAUGGGGUUGGAUGUGGUGCUUGUUACCAGGUGAGGUGCACAAAUGGCGGCUACUGCUCAGACAAAGGAGUAACUGUAGUUAUAACAGAUUCAGGCUCUAGUGAUCGCACAGACUUUAUCCUCAGCCAACGAGCGUUUGCAAGGAUGGCUCAAACAACUGAUGCAGCUGCUUCUCUACUAUCUCUUGGUAUAGUUGAUAUCGAAUACAGACGUGUUUCAUGCAGCUACCCCAACAAAAAUAUAACAAUCAAGAUUGAUGAGAACAGUAACUAUCCUUAUUAUUUGGCCUUUGUAAUAUGGUACCAACAAGGAAAGAAAGAUAUCACAGCUGUCCAGCUAUGUGAGACACAAAACUUUGUCUGUAAGUUACUGGACCGGAGCUAUGGAGCAGUUUGGACAACUACCUCACCUCCAACUGGACCCCUGCAAAUAAGGAUGUUAUUCAGUGAUGAUGACGGUGAUGAGAAUUGGGUUGUUCCUGUGAAUAACAUACCACAAGACUGGGAAGUUGGACAAACCUAUGAUUCGGGAGUUCAAGUGAACUUAUAAACAUGCAAAAGAUUAUGUCUUCAAUUUUUCUUCAUUUCUGAGUACAAGGGUCAUUUCUUUUAUGUAUAUGCUUUAUUCAUUAUGUUUUUCUUUUCAGAUAGAAAUAUGCUUGAAUAAGAGGAUUAACAGAUUAGCAGGAUUCAUUCCUUACUGUAAUCAGUAAUUUGUAACUUCCGACCUAAAUUUUAUUAUUAAUUUCUUUAAGUUAUUUAAUACAGUAACUUCCUUC